AUGUUCCGACAGAACGCUCCCGUGUGGGCGUCGUUUGAGCACCCACAUAUUUUACCAUUGCUAGGCAUCUGCAGUGGCCUGGAAGGUAAUAGAACGGCUCUUAUAUCGCGCUGGAUGGAACACGGAACUGUGGAAAAUUUCAUCAAAAUGAACCCCGGCGCUGAUCGCCUCAAACUUAUCACAGAGAUGGCGUCUGGGCUUGCAUAUUUGCAUAGCCGUUCCCCGCCGUAUGUUCAUGGUAUAUUGAGUGGGGUAAACGUCCUGAUCUCCAAUUCCGGAGAGCCUUUACUCUGCGACUUCGGAUUGGCGAUCAUCCUCGAGGACCUCACUCAGAUGCCGAUUUCUUCGCUGCUGCAGGAUGCUGGCAACCCACGGUGGAUGGCUCCAGAGCUGUUCGUUGGUGAACAACAAGCGAGUAUAAGUACGGCAUCGGACGUUUGGGCUUUAGGAAUGGUCUUUCUAGAGAUAAUGACCCUCGACAUGCCGUAUCCGGAACUUAAAAACUCAGCGCAAGUCAUUGUGGAGGUACAUAAAGGUGUUCUUCCUUCCAGACCUACUGGAGAAGACGCUGUUCGUCGAGGCUUGAAUGACAACCUCUGGGCGCUUCUGUUGAAGUGUUGGGAGAAGAAUCCAAGUGGUAGACCCUCAGCGAAUGACGUAUUAAAGGAACUAGAAGUGUGA